CACACGCACACCACCCACCGCGAUCUUCCCCCCCCCCUCCACCACAUCACAUCCGAUCCCACUGCAAACAUUUUCUUCGCUGCUUGUUUUUAGAUGUAUAUGCGGUUACCCUUCUAGUUAGUUUGAAGGAAGAUGAUUUUUGGAAGCUGUUGAAAUCCAGAGUUUGGCGUUUCUCUUCACUCUAUCGUACAAAGCUGGAUUCACACAAUGGCAGAUACUCAUACAAAGACAGCCACCAACAGAAAAGUUUUAGCUGGUGCAGCAAGGCUUGCAUCUUACAAUAUGAUACUUCAGGUCCUUUUCCGUUUGACCACGUUUGUACUGAAUGCUCUCAUACUGAGACACAUUUCCAAGGAAAUGCUAGGAGUUGUUUCUGUCAGGUUACAACUUUUAUACAAUACCAUCCUGUUUAUGUCAGGAGAAGCAUUCCGCAGAGCCUGCCUCAGUCAGGGUCAACACAAGCAAUGGACACAAACCAUCAAUCUGCUCUGGUGCUCGAUCCCUCUUGCAAUAUUCUGUAGUAUUCCCCUUGUUUACAUUUGGAUGUCAGUUUUGGAACAGCCUGAUCCUGGGGUAAUAGCCAACUAUUCAUUUAGUGUCUUUAUAUUUGCUUUGUCAACAUGGAUCGAGCUGUCAGCACAGCCACUCCUGGUUCUUGCUCAAGCCACACUAUUUGUCAAACUAAAGGUGAUCAUAGAAGGUCUUGCGGUUGCCGGAAAAUCUCUGCUGAUUGCCAGCUUGGUGCUAUUUUUCCCCCAAUUGGGAAUCUAUAUUUUCUGCAUCAGUCAGAUGGGAUAUGUUAUAAUCCACUUGAGUAUGUAUUAUGGAUACAUCAUUUAUUAUAUUGUGGCAAAAGGCAGUCAGGAUGAUGAUUUUCCCAUCAAGUCAGUAAGGGACAUUUUCCCGAGAUUCCAGUCAAAACAACAAUGGAUAAAUCCACAGCAGGCAUGUCUUACACUGAGUUUCUUCAAGCAAGGUUUUCUCAAGCAAAUUCUCACAGAAGGAGAGAGAUAUAUUAUGACCUUUUUUGACAUGCUGAGUUUUGGAGAUCAGGGCAUCUAUGAUACCAUCAACAAUCUGGGCUCUUUAGCUGCUCGCUUUAUAUUCUUCCCAAUUGAAGAAAGUACCUACUUGUUUUUCUCACAAACAUUAGAAAGAGGAGUACCAGUACACAAACAGCCAAAGGAGUCCAUAACACUAGCUUCUACUCUACUGAAGUGCCUACUGAAAUGUGUAGUUCUUAUAGGCCUCACAAAUGUAGUCUUCGGCUAUGCUUACUCUUACUUGCUUCUGGAUAUAUAUGGUGGAUCCCUGCUCAGCUCUAGCUCAGGCCCAUCACUACUUCGAUGGUACUGUUUCUAUGUCCUACUUAUUGCCGUUAACGGAACCACAGAGGCAUUUGUGUUUGCUUCAAUGAGCCAAAAGGAUGUUGAAAGUUAUAACAAGAAAAUGCUGCUGUUUUCAGUCUUCUUCUUGUCAGCUUCUUGGUAUCUAUCCAGUACACUAGGUAGUGUUGGUUUUAUCCUUGCCAACUGCAUUAACAUGGUGGCCAGAAUCAUGCAUAGCAUUUAUUUCAUAGUGAAUUACUUCAGUGCUACCAUAUACCAGCCACUGUAUGGCAUGUUACCAAGUAUACCGGUACUCUUCACUUUUGGAGCCUCAUGGUUGAUCACAAGUUUCUCUGAGAUGUAUCUAUGUUGUGAUGAAGGUCUGUCAUAUCGGCUUGCUCAUAUAGCCAUAGGGGCUAUGUGUAUUGUAGUAGUAUUUGUGAGUAUACUACAAAGUGAAAAAGAGUUAGUAAAUUUCGUUAUAACUCAAUAUAGGUCUAGAAGAGGCAGUGGACACGGUGAGAAAUAAGGUUUAGGUGACCAAAUCACCACAAGAGCAUUACAUUAUGUGGUGAAAUAUCUGUCAAUUCUGUUCACUGUAGUUUGUUCAUGGGAGACAGCAUUCAUGUUUUUGAGUUGCUCAGAGGUUGUAUUGACACGGAUGUGUUUGGUCAGGUCAUAUGCGGCUGUUUAAUUAAUACCCUAAUUCGAAAAAUGUCACACUUUCUGUUGAUUUAGAUGACAUGAAAUUCAUUUGAAGUUUUGAUCAGGUACACUACAGUGGAAGCUUUUUGCCUGUGUCAGAUCAUGGAGCAAUAAAAUUGCUCCAUGGUCAGAUAAACCCAGUUGUUUAUUCAUUGUUUAUGGCAAGAUUACAAAUACACGUAUUGAACAAAUCAAAAUACAUCUUGGCAAAGCGGUUCAAAUUUCAUGAAUAAACAAAAACAAGACAAUGGGAUCAAUUCAUCCAUCCUGAUUUUAAAUUUCUUUUAAUUAUAUAAUUGUCACUUUUCACAGGUAUUUAUCAAUUGUUUAUUGCACUGGUAUAAGGUUUUUUUCUUGACCAACUUUAUUUGUGUGUUUGGUUCAACUCCCUUUGUCUGCCCAAUAGGCUGACAGGGUAGUGUCAUUGCCUCCAGACGUUGUCCAACUUUUCUGACCUGUAAUUUAAGUUAGAAGUUGGACUUGUUACUUUGUAUGGUGUUACCCUUUGGGAAAGGAAACUUGAGAUUGUAUUGGUGUCAAAAGUCAAGGUCACAGUGGUGAGUUUAGGUUAAUGGUUUUUCGGGCCUUGACUCCAGUUAGAAGUGACAUUUGGACUUGAAACUUGGGUGAGGGUUUCUGUUUUGGAAAACGGGAGCAAUUAUUUGGGUCACAGUGGUUAGUUUAAAGACAAUGGACAAUAUUGGUAAUUGUCAAAGACCAGUCUUCUCACUUGGUGCAUCUCAACAUAUGCAUG